AUGGGCUGCGAGCCCAUGCUCCACGAAAAGAAGCCUGCGCCGGUGAGCAGGGCGGCGUCGGCGACGGCGUCGGAGAGGUCGACGUCGGGCGCGAUGAGGGUGCUGCUGGCGUCGAUGCCGUCGUUGGCGCCGCACACCCCGCUGUCCGUCAUGGACGUGUCGUCGGGCGCCUCGUCGCGGCCCGGCUCGUGGAUCAGUGCUUUCACCAUGGACUCGGACUGCGGGUUGGUCAGGCUGAGGAGGAACGAGGCCGCCGCCAUCUUCUCGUCGCCUUCGGGCUCCCUGGGCGCGUCUGCGCGCUGCGUGGCCGUCGGGCUGGGGCUGGCGAGCGUCACCGGCGUCGGCAGCUGGUGGUACUGCGGGUGCUGUUGCUGCUGCUGCGCGGCAUCGUUGCUGUUCUCGAUGGUCACGAUGGGGCUGCUGCUCUUGAUCUGGAAGGCCGUCCUUCGGCGCGGCGCGGCCGGGACUGCCGGGAAGGCGGAGCGCUGGAUGGUUGCCUGCGCGGCGAUGGCGUUCCCGUCGCUCGCCGGCGGCGCGUUCAGCCGGGCACACCUGGAGCACGGCAGGUCGUUGUCGCAGGCCAGCCGGCUCCGGAAGCACGCAUCGCACGCCCUCGGCUUUUGGCCGCGCUUUGCCAGGGGAGGGUCGGCAUUGGCGCCCUUGAGAGGGCAAUGGAGGCUGCCACGUGGUGAUGCUGGGAAGAGGGUUUGCAAAGAUCAGGAUUGGGGGCAUCGUCGAGGAGAAAGGAGAAAGAGAAGAAAGAAAAAGGGGAUUUUGUCGGUGCGCAGGAUCAACAAAAACAUGAAGCGGGGUGGAAUGGAAGUAAGGAACAAAAAUGUCAUCAGGCAAAUCGAGUCCAUGCGUACUUGA